AUGACGCCUGGCGGGCCGUCGCCCGCCCGUACCCGGGACGCCUGGCGGGCCGUCGCCCCCCCGCCCGUCCCGGGACGCCUGGCGGGCCGUCGCCCGCGCUGUCCCGGGGAGGCCAGGAGGGGCCGUCGGCCCGCCCGUCCCGGGAGCCAGGGCGGGCAGCGACCUCCCGUCCCGGGCGGACCCGCCAGGCCCGGGAGGCCGUCCCGGACCGCCCCGUCCCGGGACGGGCCUGCCCCGCCGUCCGGCCCGGGCCCGUCCGCGGGACGCUCUGGCGGGCCGGCGCUCCCGCCCGUCCGGGAUGCCAAGGCCGAGCCGUUCGCCACCCCGCCCGUCCCGGGACCUUCCAGGCCCGGGCCCGUUCGCCCGCCCGUUUCCGGGACGCCAGGCGGGGCCGUCGGACGGCCCGUGCGGGACGCCCAGAGGGGCCGUCGCCCCGAUUCGUCCCGGACGCCUGGCGGGGACCGUCGCCCGCCCGUUGCCGGCGGGACGCCAGGCGGGCUGUCGCCCGCCCGUCCCGGUACGCCAGUGCGGUCCGUCGCCCGCUCCGUCCCGUACGCCCGGCCUGGCCUGUCGCCCGCCCGUCCCGGGACGCCAGGGCGGGGCGUCGCCCGCCAGUCCGGGACGCCAGGCUGGCCGUCGCCCCUCGCCUUUCACGGGACGCCCUGGCGGCCGUCGCCCGCCCCGUCCCGGACCUGUCGGCCGUCGCACGCCCUUCACGGGACGCCUGGCGUGGCCUUCGCCCGCGCUGGUUCCCGGGAGGCCCAGGCCGUGCCCGUCGCCCGCCCGCAGUCCCGGGACGCCAGGCUUGCCGGUCGGGACCUCCCGUCCCGGGACGCCAGGCCGGGCCCCCGUCGCCCGCCCUUCACCGGAACCGCCAGCGGGCCGUCGGCCCGGGCCCGUCCCGGACGCCUGGCGGGCCCGUUCUCCCUGCCCUCCCCUGUACGCCGGCGGGCCCGUCGCCCGCCCUCCCAGGGCACCGUCCAGGCGGGCCGUCGCCCCCGGUCCCGGGGACGCCUUGCGGGCCGUCGCCCGCCGCCUUCCCGGACGCCUGGCGUCCUGGCUGUCCCGCCGUCCCCGGGACCCAGGCGCCCGUCCCCCCCGCCUCCCGUGACGGGCCAGGCGGGCCGUCCCUCCCGCCCGGGCGCCAGGUCGGGGCGUCGCCCGCCAGUUCCCGGGACGCCAGGCGGGGUCCGUGUCAACGGGCCCGCCCGCGCCCGUCCCGGGACGGCCUGGCGCCUUAGCGGGCCGUCGGCGGGCCCGUCCCGGGCGCCUGGCGGUCCAGUUUUUCCGCCCCGCCCCGUCCCCCCCCGGGACGCCUUGGCCCCGGGCCGUCGUUCCACGGCGAGGCUGGGUCCCUCCCCCCCCCGGGAGGCCAGGCGGGCCGUCGCCCGCCAGUCCCGGGACGCAAUGCGUGGGCCCGUCGGGACCUCCCGUCCCGGUUUUGGGAUCCCGCCCCCGCCAGGCGGGGGGCCGUUCCCCCCCGCCCGCGCCCGUCCCGGGACCCCGGGCCCAGGGCCGGGCCGUCGCCCGCCCGUACCCGGGAACGCCUGGACUUGCCGUCGCCCGGCCCGGCCCCCCCUCCAGGGACGCCAGGCGGGGCCGUUCGCCCGCCCGGCCCGGGUACGCCAGGCGGGUCCGUCGCGGGCCUGCCGUCCCGGGACGCCUCCCCGCGGGCCGUUCCUCGGGCCCCCUCCCCGUCCGGGACGCCUGCGGGCCGUCGCCCGCCCGACCCGGUACGCCAGGCGGGCCGUCCCCCCCGCCCGCCCGUCCCCGGGACCUCCCAGGGCGGGCCGUCGCCCGCCCGUCCCGGGACGCCAGGCGGGGCCGUCGCCCCCGCCCCCCCCCCCCCCCGUUCCCGGGACCGCCAGGCGGGGCCGUCGCCCGCCCCGUCCCGGGAACGCCCUAGCGGGCGUCGGCCCCCGCCCCGUCCCGGGACGCCUGGCGGGCCGUCCCGGCCCGCACCCGUCCCCGGGACGCCUGGCUGCCGUCGCCCGCGCCUGUUCCCGGGAGGCCAGUCGGGCCGUCGCCCGCCCGUCCCGGGACGCCAGGCGGGCAGUCGACCUCCGUCCCGGGACGCCCAGGCGGGCCGUCGCCCGCCCGUCCCGGGACGCUGGCGGGGCCGCAUCCCGCCCGUCCCGGGACGCCAGGCGGGCCGUCGCCCGCCCGUCCCGGGACCCUCCAGGCGGGCCGUCGCCCGGCCCCGUCCCGGGACGCAGGCGUCCCGUCGCCGCCCGUCCCGGGACGCCAGGCGGGCCGUCGCCCGCCCGUCCCGGGACGCCUGGCGGGCCGUCGACCGCCGGCCCGUGCCGGGACGCCAGGCGGGCCCCCGUCGCCCCGCCCGUCCCCGGGACGCUGGCGGGCCGUCGUCCGCCCGUGCCGGGACGCCCUGGCGGGCCGUCGCCGCCCGUCCCGGGAUGCCAGGCGGGCCGUCGCCCCCCCGCCCGUCCCGGGACGCCAGGUGGGCCGUCGUCCGCCCGUGCCGGGGAAAGCCCCUGGCGGGGCCGGGCCCGACCCGUCCCGGGAGCCAGGCGGGACCGCGCCCCGCCCGUCCCGGGACGCCUGGCGGGCCGUCGCCCGCCCGUCCCGGGACGCCUGGCGGGGCCCGCUCCCGCCCGUCCCGGGGACGCCUGGCGGGCCGCAUCCCGCCCGUCCCGGGAACCCGGCCGGGCGGGCCGUUCGCCCGCCCGUCCCGGGCCGGCCAAGGCGGGGCCGGCCCGCCCGUCCCGGGACGGCUGGCGGGCCGCGCCCGCCCGUCCCGGGACGCUGGCCCCGGGCGGGCCGCCCCCCGCGCUGUCCCGGGAGGCCAGGCGGGGCCGUGGCCCGCCCGUCCCGGGAGCAAGGAGGGCCGUCGACCGCCCGUUCCCGGGGCGCCGGCGGGGCCGGCCUUCGCCCCGCCCGUCCCGGGACGCCUGGCGGGCCCGCACCCGCCCGUCCCGGGGACGCCCGGCGGGGGCCGUCGGCCCGGCCCGUCCCGGGACGCCAGGCGGGCCGUGCCCGCCCGUCCCGGGGACGCCUGGCGGGCCGUCGCCCGCCCCCAACCCGGGGACGCCUGGCGGGCCGCGCCCGCGCUGUCCCAGGGAGGCCCGGGGGCCGUCGCCCGCCCGUCCCGGGACGGCCACUGGGCCGUUCGCCCGCCCGUCCCGGACCGCCAGGCGGGCCGCGCCCCGCCGUCCGGGACCAGGCGGGCCGUCGCCCGACCGCCCCGGCGGGCCUCGCCCGCCCGUACCCGGGACGUCCAGGCGGGCCGUCGGCCGCCGUCCCGGGACGCCAGCCCGCCCGCGGGACCGUAUUCUCUCCUUCCUCUCCCGCGGAUUUUUUUUUUCGCCCGCCCGUCCCCAGACGCCUGCCCGCCCACCGGCCCGUCCCGCGUCCAGGCGGUGCCGUCGCCCGCCCGUCCCAGGACGUGCUGCGUCCGUCGACCGCCCGUCCCGGGACGCCUGGCGGGCCCGGGGCGUCGCCCGCCCGUCCCGGGACGCCAGCUCGGCCGUGUCGCCCGCCCAGUCCGGGACGGUCAGGCUAGGGCGCGUGCCCGGCCCGCCCUCCUGGCGAGCCGUUGCCCGACCGUCCCGGUACGCCAGGCCGGGCCGUCCCCGCCCGGCCGUCCCAGGACGCCCUGCGCCCGCCCGUCCCGGGGCCCUGGCGGCCGUGCCCGCCCCGUCCCCCGGGACGCCAGGCCGGGCGCGUUGGCCCGCCCGUCCCGGGACGCCAGGCGGGCGCGGGCCCCCCCGUCCCGGGGACCAGGGCGGGCCGUCGCCCGCCCGCCCGGACGGCCCGGGGUUGGGGCCCGGGGGUGAGGGGGCCGUCGCCCCCCCGGCCCGGUACCCUCCAGCGGGCCGUCGGCCCGCCGUCCCGGGACCCGGCGGGCCGUCCGCCCGCCCGUCCCGGGACGCCUGGCGGGCCGUGCCCCGCCCGUCCCGGGACGCCUGGCGCCGUGCGGUCCGACCCGCCCUCCCGUGGACGCCCGGGAGGGGGCCCCGUAGCCCGCCCGUCCCGGGACGCCAGGCAGGACCUGCCUGUCGCCCGCCCGUCCCGGGGCGCCUGGCGGGCCGUCGCCCGCCCACCCGGGACGGGCCUGGGCGCCCGUCGCCCGGCAGCCUCCCCGCCCGCCAGGGCGGGCCGCGCCCGCGCCCGUCCCGGGACGCCCGGCGGGCCGUCGCCCGCCCCGUCCCGGACCUCCCGGGCCGUCCCACGCCCGGGCCCCGUCCCCCCUCCCACGCCUCAAAGUCGGAGCCCGUCACCCGCCCGUCCCGGGACGCCGGCGGGCCGUCGCCCGCCCGUCCCGGGACGCCAGGCGGGUUUGUCGCCCGCCUGUCCCGGGACGCCCAGGCGGGCCCCGUCCCGCGCCACCCGCCGCCCGGUGGGGCGCCUGGCGGGCCCGUCGCCCGCCGUCCGGGACGCCAGGCGGGCCGUCGCCCGCCCGUCCCGGGGUACCUCCAGGGCGUGCCGGUCGCCCGCCCCGUCCCGGGACGCCUGGCGGGCCGUCGCCCCGCCCGUCCCGGGACGCCUGGCGGGCCGUCGCCCGCCCGUCCCGGGACGCCUGGCGGGUCCCGUGCCCGCCCGUCCCGGGACGCCUGGCGCCGUCGCCCGCAACCCGUCCCGAGACGCCAGGCGGGCCGUCGCCCCGCCCGUCCCGGGACGCCUUGGCGGGGGCCGUCGCCCGCCCGUCCCGGGGGGACGCCAGCGGGCCGUCGCCCGCGCCCCGUCCCGGGAAGCCAGGCGGGCCGUCGCCCGCCCGUCCCGGGACGCCAGGCGGGCGCGUGGCCCGCCCGUCCCGACGGGAAGCCAGGCGCGCGUGACCCGCCCGUCCCGGGAGGGAGCCCUGGCGGGCCGUCGCCCCGCCCGUGCCGGGACGCCAGGCGGGGGCGUCGCCCUGCCCGUCCCGGGACGCCAGGGAGGGCCGUCGCCCGGGCCAUUCCCGGGAGCCAGGCGGGCCGUCGCCCGCCCGUCCCGGGACGGGCGGGGGGCCACGCGCCCGCCUGCCCACCGGGAGCCUUGGCGGGCCGUCGCCCGCCCGUCCCGGGAACGCCAGGCGAGCCGUUCAGCCCGCCCGUCCCGGGACGCCUGGGCGGGCCGUCGCCCGCCACCCGUCCCGGGACGCCAGGCGGGGCCGUCGCCGCCCCGCCCGUCCCGGGCCCAGGCGGGCCGUCCCCCGCCCGGCCCGUCCCGGGAGCAGGCUGGCGCGCCCUCCCUCCCGGACGCCAGGCGGGCCGUCGCACGCCCGUCCCGGGGACGCCAGGGGGCAUGUCGGCCCCCGCCCGUCCCGGGACGCCUGGCGGGCCGCGCCACGCCCCCGUCCCGGGACGCCAGGCGGCUGCUCCUUCAUUUUCCACUUCUCCUUCUCCACGCAUCUCUAAUUCCCAGGCAGCUUCUUCACCUGGCAAACCAAUUUCUCCUUCGCUCCUCGCACCUCUCCAACCUCAUCUUCCAACUGGUCGUUCCGUUCGACCUGAACACCGCUCUUCCUAUCCAGCCACUUGA